AUGAAAGCAGCUCAAGAGAAAGAAACACCCAAAGCGGUGGUGGCUGUUGCAAACAGUUCCAAGACCACAAAGUCGUCCUGCUCAGAAGAUGCAGCGGCCCCUUCUGGCGCCGUCCAGCGACCGGCUGGAAAGUUUGACGUCUUGAUCCAGGGGGUCGCUCUCUUCUCUGACGGCUACAACAUACAGGUCAUCGGCUACAUGAACACAGUGUUAGCCAAGCUGUAUCCGAAGGAGAUGAGCUCCGAAGUCAAGACACGCCUGUCCAACUCUAUCCUGGUCGGCGAUGUCUUUGGCAUGUUGCUGUUUGGUCUCUGUAUUGACAGAUUCGGCCGGCGCGUCGGCAUCGUUCUUACGACUCUGUUUCUGGUUCUCGGUAUACUUCUGGCGACGGCGUCGCACGGCAACACCGUCGAGGGAAUGUUUUGGAUGAUGGUUGUUGGUCGAGGUGUAGCAGGUGUGGGUGCAGGUGGAGAGUAUACCGUCUGCACCAGCCAGGCGCUAGAAUGUGCAGACAGCACACCAGAGAUGCGCAAGCGACGGGGCAUGCUCGUCGCCGUGUCCACAAACGCUGCCAUCAUUUCUGGGUUUGUCGGCUCGAGCAUCGUGUCUCUUAUCGUCAUUGCAGCCUACGGUGGGCAGGCUAGUGACGGCAUCUGGCGCAUCUGCUUCGGCAUUGGAAUCUUUCUUCCCCUGACCAUCUUCUUCUUUCGCAUGCGACUUGCAGACUCGGAACAAUACCAGAAACACGCCAUCCAGCACAAGGUCCCCUACUGGCUCGCCGUCAAGUUCUACUGGCGUGCUCUUCUCGGUUGCUGUUCCGCCUGGUUCCUGUACGACUUUGUCGUCUAUCCCUUCAACCUGCUGGCUCCGACGCUCGUCGCCGGCUUCUCGAGCAACCAGUCCAUGAUGGAGAGCAUCGGCUGGAGCGCCCUGAUCAACUUCUUUGCCCUGCCCGGGUCCUUCAUCGGCGCCCUGCUCAUGGACCGCAUAGGCCGUCGACAGACCUACGCUCUGGGGUGGGCGAUGGUCUGCGUCCUUGGCUUCGUGAUCGGCGGCUCCAUGGUCCAGCUCCAGGACGUCUUUGCGCUGUUUGUCGUCCUCUACGCGCUCUUCCAGACCUUCUUGUCGGUUGGUCCGGGCGACUGCAACUUUCUGGUCUCGUCCGAGUCGUUCCCGACCCCGCUUCGGGGGCACUUUCUCGGAUUCGCCGCCGCGGUCGGCAAAGCAGGAGCUGCCAUCGGCACCACCGUUCUGAGCCAGGCGCUGGCGUCGUUUGACGACAAGAUCAAGGGUCAGCAGGCCAUUUUCCUGAUUGGUAGUGGCAUCUCGGUGGUUGGGACCCUUUGUGUGUGGUUUCUGAUUCCAGAUGCACCAAAGAAUCUCGAGGACGAAGAUGUCCGUUUCAGAAACUAUCUUGAGCGGAACGGCUAUGAUACUAGUAAUAUGGGUCUGCAGGCUAAGACGGCGGAAGGAGCCAAGUCUUGA